AUGGAUAUCCAUCUCACCGAUACUGAUCGGAUAUGGUGGGCAGCUAAGAAGACCCAUCUGGAGAGGCCAAUCCUGUGGGAGACGUUCACAGAGCGCUUCAAUAGGAAUGGUGUUUUAGUAGCAUCCAGUGGUUAUGAAGCAUGCCCUGUGGUCAUCUGCGGGAGGGAACUCUUUGCAGGCUUUCUGGUGAUUGAUUUGCCGAGCUUUGAUGCAGUAUUUGGAAAGGAUUGGUUGGGGUCAUUCUUUGCCACCAUUGAUUAUUGCCGACGGAGCGUAGUAUUUGAGAUACUAGAUCACCCGAGGUUUGAGUUCCUCAGUGGCAGCAUAUCGACCGAACCUGUAGAGUACAGAGCUAGACCAAAGAAUGUGACGUUAGCUACAAUGCAAGUGGAAUGCGAGAAGCCAGUUGUAGUUCGAGAAUUUGAAGAUGUGUUUCCUGACGAUAUUUACGGAUUACCACCGGAUCGAGCAAUUGAGUUUUCCAUAGAUUUGAAGCCUGAAGUUGCUCCGAUCUCCAAGACCCCUUAUCGUAUGCCUUUGGCUGAGUUGGCCGAGCUUCGGACUCAGUUGGAUGAUCUUUUGUAG